UUCAUUUCUUCUCUCUCCGCCGAGCGAAUCUGUGCUUCAAUGGCGGCCAUAAAACGCUUACUGAAAACAUCAGCAUUCUCUUCCUCCUCCGCCAUCCCUUGCAUCAGGAGAUGUUUGUCCACAGCUGCGGUGUCUGAAACCGAUGCUCGCCUGAAAUCUCCAUCGUACCCUCACAAUUCUCUCCCUCCGCAGGCAGAUCCCAAGGGAAAGAACGUCCAAUGGGUAUUUCUGGGAUCUCCAGGCGUCGGAAAGGGCACAUACGCCAGCCGCCUCUGUACCCUCCUCGGCGUCCCUCACAUCGCCACCGGCGAUCUCGUCCGUGACGCUCUCUCUUCCAAUGGACCCCUCUCUCAACAGCUGGCGGAGAUUGUUAACCAAGGGAAACUGGUUUCAGAUGAGAUUAUAUUAAGCUUAUUGUCAAAGAGACUUGAGGCUGGAGAAGCUAAAGGUGAAUCGGGAUUUAUUCUCGAUGGUUUUCCCCGAACAAUAAAACAAGCGGAAAUUUUGGAUGAAGUCACGGACAUUGAUUUGGUGCUUAAUCUAAAAGUCCAAGAAAAUGUACUGCUUGAGAAAUGCCUUGGUCGAAGAAUUUGCAGCGAGUGUGGGAAAAAUUUUAAUGUGGCCUCCAUCAAUGUCAAGGGUGAGAAUGGGAGACCUGCAAUUAGCAUGGCUCCACUUCUUCCCCCACAACACUGCAUGUCAAAGCUCAUCACUAGGUCUGAUGAUACCGAAGCUGUAGUGAAAGAACGAAUCCGUAUAUACAAUGAAAAGAGUCAGCCUGUGGAAGAAUACUACCGGAGUAGAGGAAAAUUGCUCGAGUUUGAACUUCCUGGAGGAAUCCCAGAAUCGUGGCCAAAGUUGCUGGAAGUUCUUAACCUCAAUGACUACGAGGACAAGCAGGCUGCUGCAGCAUAAAUUCUUGCCAAUCACUUCAUAAGGCGUCAUUCUUUGCAUGCAUAAGCAUGCUUCUAGCAAUUUUGCCUGAUGACAGGAAAGCUUCUCUUUUUUCUUUCCUUUUUCUUUUUCCCUGGAGAAAAAAAUAAUAUAAACCACGAAUUACCUAGCCAUGUUAUCAUGGUGGCUGCCUAGUCGGCUUUUUUUUCUUGGAAUUUUAUUUUUAAUCAGUCAUGUUGUACCUUAAAAUGAGAGAGUGAGAGAGAGAGAGAGAGAGAGAGAGAGAGAGUUAUGUUUAACUUAUUGUUUGUGUAAUAAUUUCCAGUUGGAGGCUGGUAAUAUGGCACAUACUUGCUGUAAGUUUUGAUUGAAAUUAGUUGGAUUGCAUAUUUAAGUGGCA